AAGACUGAGACUGAAGAUAUUUUAACUUUUUUAAGCACAGAGUGCUGAUGAUCGGUGAAGCCUUAUUUUAGAAAGCAACUGAGGACGAACCUUAUCCGUCACAGUGGCAAUGGAGGACAAAUCACCGACGUUACUGAUUUCUGAAGAUUUAUCCCGGAAAAUAAUCUCUCUUGCCGCCGGUGAAGCUCAUACAAUCGCUCUGACCGGCGAUGGAUGUGUUUACUCAUGGGGAAGAGGAAUGUUUGGCCGUCUCGGUACGGGUAAGGAGUCGGACGAGCUUGUUCCAGUUCUAGUCGAGUUCCCAAAUCAAGCGGAAGGAGAUCGGAUUCGAAUCGUUGGUGUUGCUGCUGGUGCUUAUCACAGUCUCGCUGUCUCAGGUGGUUUCUUCUAUUCAUAUGUCUAAUUUCGCUUUUCUAUUAGCUUGUGUUGCUGAUUUGACCAUAUGAUUUAUUUUGAGAAAUUGGUGACUGUGAUGAUCAAAGAUUUUGUUUGAUCAAAUUAGUUCCUUUGUUUGCAUCUAUGAACUUCCUUUUGAGAAAUAAUAAAUAUGCUUGAAUUGUGACUAUAGGUUUUACUUUGUAUGUUUAUGAUAUGGAUCUGUAUUGACCAUUCUCUUGCCUUUUGUUUCUUUUGCCUUGUAAGCUUUUGGCAGAUGAUGGCUCGGUUUGGUGUUGGGGUUACAACAUUUGUAUCCUUUAUCUGAGUGUUUCUAGCUUGAUAUGAUUGUUUCAUAACUACAUUUUCUAGUGUCCUGAACUCUCCAUUGGUUGCUUCAAUCCUUGACUGGUAAAUAGAUGGCCAACUUGGUUUUGAUGGGGAAAACUCCUUGGCACCAUGCUUGAUCAAAAAUUUGUUUGAACGAGAAACAUCUAGUUCUUCUCUAAAUGAUUCAGGUAGAGAAGUUGGAUCAGAUUUAAAGGUUUGUACUGUAAAGGCUGGCUCCAUGAUGUCUCUUGCCAUUGAUAAUGUCGGAGGUCUUUGGAUGUGGGGCAAUGUUCCUCCACAAGACAGUGAACCUGACCCUCGUUUGUCUUUUACUAGCAUCCCGAUUCCAUUUCCUAUACUCGACUUCCAUGGCCGGACGGUUUUGAAGGUAGCAUGUGGGGAUGAACACGUUGUUGCCCUCGUUGGUCCUGGGGAUAUCCACAAAGACAACAGUUAUGAUGUAUCCGUGCUGUAUUCUUGGGGAAAUAAUCAUCAUGGCCAGUUAGGACUUGGAGAUGGAGAGAGCCGUGCAAGGCCUCAGACUGUGGAGACAUUUAACCAGAAGUCGGGUCUUACAGUCUACGACAUAGCUUGUGGUGCUCAUCACACAGCUCUUCUCACCUACAGGAAGGAGACACCUAAAGGACCAAGCAUUUGCUGGACGUUCGGCUUUGGAGAAAAUGGUCAGCUUGGGCAUAGAAGUAACAAGAGCUCAUCGCUUCCAGAGCCAGUUUCAGAUCUCCCAGAACACGCUUACUUAGUUUCUGUAGACUGUGGAUUAUUCCACACAAGCGUGGUGUCCUCUGAGGGAUACGUGUGGUCGUGGGGAAUGGAAAGAGGAUUAGGAUUAUGCCCCGAUGUCAACUUCACAGAGGUGGAAGCAGGAGAUGAUAGUGUACCAAGAAAGAUUUCAGGUGGGUCGUCAAGAUUUCGUGACCCGGUUCAGGUUUCUUGCGGGGCUGCACAUACAGUUCUUGUGGUAGAUGGUGGUUACAAGCUGUGGUCUUGGGGAAGAGGAAGAAAUGGAGUGCUCGGAACUGGGAAUGUUAGCGACUGUUAUGUCCCUACUCUCGUCUUCUGGCCGAAUGAGCUGAAACCUGAGAAAGAAGAAGUACCCGAUGAUGGAAAAAGCGCAUCAACUGAGGAGAUUAAACGGCUAGAAUCAAAACUAAUGGUGAUGGAAAGAUAUGCAAGCAUACUUCAUGGAUCCAUAUUCGGAAAACCUUUUAAUGAAGAGGAAGAUAUCCCAUAUUCAUUACGGGUUUCUGGGUAUUUCGAUAUGGGAAAAGAGUGGGGAGAGAUGCUGGAGAGUGCUGAUAAGAGUCAGCUGAUGAGGCUUCAAGCUUUCUAUGAAGACAUGAUUGGUAGAGUUAAGGACAAGGUGUUGCAGAGAAGGAUUCAGGAGAUUAUGAAAGAUUGUCUUCAGUCUUCAGCCCCUAAAUACUAGUAUCACUUGUUGCGUGCUAAUAGCAAUACCUUCACUUGAGCUGACAAUAGUUUCGUCUUCAAAUUCUGUGUGUUUUGUGCAAAUGAUGAGAUAAAGGAUUUGGUUUUGGUGUUAAAUGUAUUAAUGGCCAAGUAUUAUGUCAUUUUUUCUUUCAUAGAUUUUUAUAUCUUGUACAUAAUAUCCAAAAUAUGUGAUGUUACUGUUACAUCAAGAUUGUAGGUUCAAACCAUCUCUUAUAUAUGUGUUGAAAAUGUUGUCAUGAAUAUCUAAAAUCAUGAGUAACUAUAAUAAUUAAUAAAC